AUGAAGGCCAUUGUGAUUGAAAAAUUUGGGGGGACCCGAGAUGUUGCCCAGCCAGAACCAGAGAUUGGCUGGGUAGUGAUUCGCGUGAAAGCCUUCGGCGUCAACCAUGCCGAAAUGCAUAUGCGAAAAGGCGAAUGGGCGGAGUGGACGCCUAUUAGUGGCAUUGAGUGCGUCGGUAUAGUUGCAGCAUGCCCUGGUGGCGAGUUCGCAGAGGGAACUAUGGUCGCCAGUGUCAUGGGCGGCCUUGGACGCACUAUCAGCGGUAGCUAUGCCGAGUUCACAAGAGCCCAGGUCUCAAAUGUCGUUGCGCUCGGCCCGGCGGCUUCCGACCUUCCUUGGGACCAGCUCGCUGCCAUCCCAGAAACGUAUGCUACAGCAUGGACUUGCCUCUUCCGAAAUCUCGAGCUCUCGAAGGGGCAAAAGCUCUUAAUCCGCGGCGGGACCUCUGCUUUCGGCAGAGCAGCUAUCAAUCUCGCCGUCCACGCUGGAGCCCAUGUUUUCGCAACAACUCGAAAUGGAAGCCGGGUCGCGCAGCUGACAGCCCUUGGAGUGGAAAAAGUUGUGAUAGAAGGACAAAACUUGUCUGAACGGUUCACCGAAAAGUUCGAUGCGAUUCUCGAGCUUGUGGGCAAUAGCACCGUCGUCGACUCUCUGAAGAUGGUUCACCGUGGUGGCAGAAUGGCUAGUGGUGUUCAUUUCAGUUUCUUUGGCAGCUUUGCUUUCGGAACACCUGAAUUUCCGCUGUCAGAUGUACCACUGCAAGAUGUCGUCAAGAUGGCUGCAAGUGAAGAACUAAAUGCCAAACCGUGGAAGGUUUUCAAGUUCGAGGAUAUACACGAAGCUCAUCGGUUGAUGGAGAACAGCGACGCCCAGGGUAAAAUGGUGGUGCUCGUGGACUAG